ACGUCAUCACGUUUGAAUGAAUGAAGCGUCAUCUUUUAGCUCACAGAAGAGCAGCGCGGUGGCCUUUCUUUGCUGCUCAGCUACACCCCGUUAUUGAACGGCCCUGACAGCAUUUGCCGUCUGAAUCGCUUCAGCCAUGGCGAGAAGGUGCCUCCUCGGUGCUCUACCGUGUCUUUUGGUCGCACUGUGCUCGGCGGCCGGGCCCGGGACGGAUAUGUUGGUGAACGACGAAGUCAAGAGGACAGUGGACCUGAGUACUCAUCUAGCUAAGAUCACUGCAGAAAUCACCUUGGCUAACCACGGACGAUAUGCCGUCCAAAGCUUCAUAUUAGCCGUGGAACCGGAUCUUGCACCGCAUCUGGCAUACGUUGGCGCCUCGGCCAAUGAUGAUGAAGAGGAGGAUGGCUCACUUAAAAUCCAGGAGACAAAAAUUAACGGCAUAAGCGGGGACCUUUUCAAAGUCACUCUGCCAUCCAGCUUGUCUGUGGGUGAUCAGAUGAAAGUCAAGGUGGAGAUGACGUUCAGCCACGUGCUCAAGCCCUUCCCCUCGCAGAUCACUCAGGCCGAGCGCCAGCUGGUUGUCUUCCAAGGCAACCACUACUUUUACACACCUUACCCCACCCGCACUCAGACCACACGUGUCCGCCUGGCAUCCAAAACUGUGGAGAGCUACACCAAGUUGGGUAACCCCAGCAAGACGGAUGAGAUCAUCGAGUAUGGUCCGUUCAAUGAUGUGGCGUCAUUUAGCGAGGACACCAUGAAGAUCCACUUUGAGAACAACACCCCCUUCCUCACUGUCAGUAGCAUCACUCGCACCAUCGAGGUCUCUCACUGGGGCAACAUCGCUGUGGAGGAGACCGUUGAUCUGCGGCACACUGGCGCCGUACUAAAGGGCCCGUUUUCACGCUACGAUUACCAGCGUCAGUCAGACAGUGGGAUCUCGUCUGUUAAGUCCUUUAAGACUAUUCUUCCUGCUUCGGCACAAGAUGUCUACUACAGGGAUGAGAUCGGGAACAUCUCCACCUCCCACCUGCAGGUUCUGGAUGACUCGGUGGAAGUGGAGGUCAGGCCUCGCUUCCCUUUGUUUGGUGGCUGGAAGACCCACUACAUCAUUGGGUACAACCUGCCCAGCUAUGAGUAUCUCUACACGCUCGGGGACCAGUAUGCACUGAAGAUGAGACUGGUUGACCACGUCUAUGACGACCAGGUGAUUGACUCCAUGACUGUGAAAAUCAUCCUGCCCGAGGGAGCCAAAAACAUCCAAAUGGAUACGCCGUAUAAAAUUGAUCGCAUGCCGAACCAACUGCACUACACAUACCUUGAUACCUUUGGUCGGCCGGUGCUGGUGGCCACCAAGAACAACCUGGUGGAGCAGCACAUUCAGGAUGUGGUGGUUCAUUACAACUUCAAUAAGAUCCUGAUGCUGCAGGAGCCGCUCUUGGUUGUCAGCGCCUUCUACAUUCUCUUCUUCACUGUCAUCAUCUACGUUCGCCUGGAUUUUGCCAUCACAAAGGACCCUGCUGCUGAAGUACGAAUGAAGGUAGCCUCCAUCACAGAGCAGGUUCUCACCCUGGUCAACAAGCGUCUGGGUCUCUACCGACACAUGGACGAGGUGGUCAACCGCUAUAAGCAAUCUCGGGACACGGGGGCGCUCAACAGCGGUCGGAAAACCCUAGAGGCCGACCACCGCGCUCUCACCAACGAGAUCAGUUCACUGCAGGCUCGCCUCAAGGCUGAAGGCUCCGACCUGGCAGAUAAGGUCGGGGAGGUCCAGAAGCUGGACGGCCAGGUCAAAGACCUGGUGUCUCGUGCCAGCCAGGAGGCGGAGCGGCUGGUGGCCGGCAAGGUGAAAAAGGAGGCGUACAUCGAGAGUGACAAGACGCUAGCCAGCAAGAGACACGAGCUCAUCAGUCGCAUCGACAGUCUGCUGGAUGCCCUUUAAAUGCACCACGCACCCACAUCAUCAUCAUCAUGUCUAAGUAUGACAACCCUAGUAAAUGUGACCAACAUGCUUUUUUUUUUAUUUACAUCCUGUACAGCCAGUAACGCGUCAUCUUGUGGUCACAAUGAGUUUAUCCAAACACUUGUGCCUUGUCAUACUGGAUCAGAGUCAAUUCUCUUCUCGGCUUUGUUAGCGUUGUCACAUAUGCUCAGAUUGACGUGACAUUUUCAUGUUUAUCUCGCAACCUUUUUUGGUUUACGUGUUUCACCGUUUGCAAAAAUGAAUAAAAUGUUCUCCGUUAUGUCUUUUCUCACAUACCAAAUUGUAUGUAAAGAUUUUCUGAAGUGGUUGGGUGUGAUAAUGGUUACUUUGAUAAUUACCUCCAUUUUGCACUUGCUAUUUUUCUAUUUGCCCCUGACAUGAAAAAUUUUAAAGCUCUGACUUUUUUUCUUUUUUUUGUCUGAAACCAUGGUGUUGUCAUUUUCUCGGCUAAAGUCUUUUUCUGUAUUUAGCGUUUUUUUUUCCACUAUGAGAUUAGGUUAUGUGAGUCAAGACAUAACACGGAAAGCUGUCACAUUUGAAAUAAAAAAAAUUUGGAGAACAAAAUUUGGAAUUUAACAUGUUUUUUGUAACAUACUAAGGAUUACAAUAACCUGGUUCACCACAGG